AUGGCAUCUGUCAACAUUACAUUUAUUGGAACUGCCACGGCAGUCUUGGAGGUCAACGGCAUCAACUUCAUCACCGAUCCCUUCUUUUCCCCUGCCGGGUCGGAGUGGGAUAGGGGCUACUUCGUGCUGAAGAACACCUUGCCGCCGGCGCUCGGCCUGGCAGACCUACCCACCAUCGAUGCCGUGCUUCUGAGCCACGAAGACCACCCCGACAAUCUCGACGAGCUCGGUCGGCAGCUGCUCGACGGUCGACGCGUAUUCACCACCCAGGACGGGGCCAGGAAGCUCGCGCCUCGGCCCUCUGUCCGUGGCAUGGCGCCCUGGGAGACGGUCUCGUUUAGCAUCGGCAACGUGCAGUUUGAGCUCACAGCCACGCCGUGCCAGCAUCUCCCGGGCGGAGAGUGUAUCGGCUUUGUCCUGUCUGGCCCGGGUUUCGGUCAGACGAAUGGGAAGCCAAACGGCGUCUACUUCUCGGGCGACACCAUCUACACUGAGGAGCUCGCGACCAUCAAGGAUCGGUUCAACAUCCAGGCAGCCUUGAUCAAUAUUGGCGCAGCGUCGGUUCCAAUUGCUGAUCCGCCUUUGAAGAUUACAAUGGACAGCGCCGAUGCCGUUCGGCUGGUACGGGACCUCGACGUGGACGUGGCCAUUCCCAUGCAUUGCGACGGCUGGGGCCACUUCUCGGAAGAUGGCGCCCAGGCAGCGACGGUGUUUGAUGCGGCGGACGUGAAGGACAGGAUUCGCUGGUUGAAGCCUGGAAAGAAGACGGAGAUUCUUCGUCAUGGUACUGCCGAAUGA